GCUGCAUAUUGUUGGGAACUGGCCCCCCUUGUUUUCUCCUUGUGUUAUGUGAUUUGUCGUACCCACCGGGAUACUCGGUUAUCAUUUCCUUUGACACAUUGUCGUCGUUAAAUUCUUCGAAUUUUUCAGCUCCUCAGAGAAUUUACUUAAUCUGCUACAUCAUAUAAGUGUGAAACUGAUUACCAAAAAUGACUGCUACAGAUGGUUGGGAUUACAUUAUUAUCGGUGGCGGAUUAGCGGGUUGCGCCCUUGCUAGCCGUUUGCACGAACACACCCCAGCGGCCCGCAUUCUGAUUCUAGAAGCCGGCCCUGAUGUGAGCGAUCGUAAAGAUAUCCUCCAAUUUCAAUCUUUCAACUUCAUUGGCGGCGAGUUUGAUUGGAAUUACAAGACUACUCCCCAGAAAGAGUACAACGGCCGGCAGGUCGACCUUGCUUCCGGCCGAGUACUUGGUGGUGGUUCUACUGUUAACGGAUGCGCAUGGACGCGGGGUGCCAAGAUCGACUUUGAUGACUGGGCUGCGAUCGUAGGCGAUCAGCGGUGGAGCUACGAAGGCCAACUUCCCUACUUCAAGAAGACUGAGGCCUGGUAUAAGAAGUCUGAAAGUCAUGGCUCCGAGGGCAAGCUACACAUUGAAUCCCCAAUCUCGACGGGACGCCUUUAUCCUCUGGCCGACCAAGUGGAACAAUCCUGGGCCGACUUGGGUUUCAAAGCGUUGCCGGAAUAUGACAUGAACGCUGGUCAGAACAUUGGCCUCGGCGAGCUCAAUGAAAAUCGCCAUAAAGGCGCGCGUCAACUCGCUAAUCUAGCAUAUCCUUUAGAUGGCGUCACUACUCUAACGAACGUUCUUGUUGAAUCGGUACUUACCGAGGGGACUACUAGUCUCCGCGCCACCGGAGUUCGUUUGGCGGAUGGUACGGAAUAUCGUGGCAAAGAAGUAAUUCUUUCCACUGGGGCUUAUCGAACACCACAACUGCUCAUGCUCUCCGGACUCGGGCCUCGUAAUGUCUUGACUAAACACGGCAUCGAUGUUAAAUUGGACCUACCUAGCGUUGGCCAGAAUUUCAAUGACCACAUUUUGUUGUUUCUGAAUUGGCGACUUAGGGAUCCUCUGAAGGCAUAUGCACUGGGAUCGAACCACCCACGAUGGGGUGAACCCCAAUAUGCCACAGGGAUGCCUGCUAGCUACGUAGCCUCGACCACUGUUCCGAAAGAUGGCCUGAAAGACGCCCUAGCUCGGGAUGGCGAAACAGAUCCCAAUCACUACCUCCUCAAGAACAACUACGCGAUGAUGGAGAACAUCGUGCUGUAUUUCAGCACGGCACCGUUAACUCCGGAUGGUACACACAUUAGCACGGCUCUCAUGGGAAUGAAACCCACAUCUCGUGGAACGGUGUCUAUCGCGUCGAAGAAUCCUACCGAUCUGCCGGUUCUUAACCCGAAUUACUACAGCACAGAAGUGGAUAAAUACGUAUGGAGGACCUCGCUGCGUAAAAUAACGUCCUUAAUGACGGGCGACACUCCCUUAGGUCGCGAUGUCGUGGCGGGCGAAACACCUCAAAGCGGAGAACCAUUAAGUGUUGACGCAACGGAUGAGUACCUCGACGGCAGAAUGAAGAACCAAGCCAUAUCCAUGUUUCACGGCUCUGGAAGCUGUGCGAUGGGGACUGUGGUAGAUUCCGAGUUACGCGUGAAGGGCGUCCAGAACUUAAGGAUUGUGGAUGCAUCGGUAUUCCCGGUUUCUAUCGGCGCACACAUCCAGGCUGCUACGUACGCCCUAGCUGAGCAAGCUGCCGUUUUGAUUUCUGGUGCGGCUUAAAAUGGCAGAACCCGCAGAAGCCUCCAACGUCUUUAUGAGAAAAGAUAGGGGCAAUGGAGGGAUAUCGUAACGUUCCCAUGUGGGGUAUUCUUUCUUCAGAAUGGAUCAUGAAUGGUCUGAUGAGUUUGGAGGCAUAUGUGUGCGUGCGUACGUGAAAAGCGAGCCUGCUAGGGUCGAGACUCGUCGAUAGGAUUCUACGCCAAUCAAUACAAGACCUUAUGCCGUCU